AUGGCCUCCGAUUCACACAUGCCAGAGGCAGACCUUGCCGACCAGGUACAACGUAAGCGCAAGGCCUCCCUUGCUGAUACGACCGAAGAUGGAUCUCCGAAGCGGCCCAAGCAACAAGACGACACACGGGAUCCCGGCAGGCCACGGCGCGCGUCUUCCCCACGCCGAAACCGCAGAGAGUCAAACGAAGGACGGUACUACGAUGAAGCAUCGAGGCAAAAGCCGGCGUCUCUGGAAGAGAAGAAGAGAGGGAGACGGUUAUUUGGAGGCUUGUUGAAUACGCUGAGCCAGACCAAUACCAGCUCGCACCAGCAGCGGCGGCAGGAGAUUGAGAAGCGCCAGCAGGAGCGACAAAAGAAGCAAAAGGCCGAGGAUGACCAGAAGAACGAGGAAAGGUUCGCACAGCUGCGAGAAAUCCGCAUGGGUAGACAAUUGGAGUUCGAGAAGGAGGUGAUGCAUCAAAAGCACUCCAGAUUGCUCUGGCAGUCACGCCAUCUGAAAACGAAGGCUGAACCCGUGAUAUUCUAUUCUCCGUGGAAACUGACAGGGGACCAAGAGAAUGUUAUUGACGAGCAGGUCAGUGCUGCAAAAAACCUGAUAGAAACCGAACUUGAGGCUUUCAAGGAGAAGGAACAGCUUCAUGCUGAAAAGUAUGGAUCGCGAUCCUCUCCACGUAUUGAGCAUGAACUCCAGAAUCAUGGUCAAGAACCGCCCGAGCCUGGGAUGGAGACAGAGAAAAAGGAUGUCAAAGACAGGGCCGAGCCUGAACCUGAGGGUGCUGGGGCUACGGCCAGCCUGGUAACCGCAGUACACCAUCACCAUGAUGAUUCUGAAGAUGUCGUCGUCGAAGGUGAUGAGGAUACGGUUAUCUACUAA